UGGGGCAGCCUGAUCCAGUGGGGGGCAGCCAGCCCGAGACAGAGGGUUGGACUGGGAGGGGUGCUUUAAGGACCUUCCAACCCAACCAUCCUAUGGUUCUAUGAUCUUUAAGGUCCCUUCCAACCCAACCAUCCUAUGGUUCUAUGCUCUUUAAGGUCCCUUCCAACCCAACCCUCCUAUGGUUCUGUGAUCUUUAAGGUCCCUUCCAACCCAACCAUCCUAUGGUUCCCAAAUUCUUUCUGCUGCACCCAAAGAAGGGAAUGGGGCUCUUUGACUGGGACGGGUCCUCCAGAGGCAGCUUGUUUGUGUUGGUGAGGAACACAAACCCUCUAGCCUUAGGAAAUCCUGUAGUUGGGUUGAUCAGGGACUGACCUGGCACGCCUGGUGACACAACACAACACAACACGGUGACUGCGACGUACUUCGGCCGCUUUCCACCCAGCUCAAAGGUCAGAUGAGGUUGGCAGGGUGCUAAUGGUUCUGCCAACGUGUGCCCUGUCAGUCAGCUAAGAAAAUAGCUGUAGGUGCACUGAGGGACUUGGUUCUGGAAGAGCGUUGGUUAUUACACGGACUGGGGAGAUGUAUGUUUGCUGGUGCUGAAACUGGCCCCGGCAAAAUGAUCGCAAUUAAUAAUCUUAAGUAAAAACUCUAGAAGCUAUGUCCGUCGGGGCCGUAAAGCCUGUCAUUCUAGAAAGUGCUAAAUCCAGGGGGUGACAGUGCGUGGAUGCCUUUUGGAUGAACGAUUUUCCUUUCUCUGAGUGCUGAUGUGAUGGGAAGCGCUCUGUUAUGGACCCCGGCAAGCUGCCCGGCCGCGUGGCUCAGAAGAAUGAGCGCGAGUCCAUCAGGCAGAAGUUGGCUCUUGGCAGCUUCUUCGACGAUGGCCCGGGGCUCUACACCGGCUGCAGCAAGAGCGGCAAGCCCAGCCUGUCCUCCCGACUCCAGAGCGGGAUGAACUUGCAGAUCUGCUUUGUGAACGACAGCGGCAGUGACAAGGACAGCGAUGCCGAUGACAGCAAGACAGAAACCAGCCUGGACACGCCUUUGUCACCCAUGAGCAAGCAGAGCUCUUCCUACUCCGACAGAGACACGACCGAGGAGGAGUCCGAGUCCCUCGAUGACAUGGAUUUUCUCACCAGGCAAAAGAAACUCCAGGCUGAAGCCAAAAUGGCCUUGGCUAUGGCAAAGCCCAUGGCCAAAAUGCAGGUGGAGGUGGAGAAGCAGAACAGGAAGAAAUCUCCGGUGGCGGAUCUGCUGCCACAUAUGCCUCACAUAAGCGAAUGCCUGAUGAAGAGGAGCUUAAAACCCGCCGAUCUAAGAGACAUGACUAUUGGGCAGCUACAAGUGAUAGUCAAUGAUCUCCACUCACAGAUAGAAACUCCUGCUAGGGAUGUGGAGCUGCUCAUGCCUGUGGCUGACACACUGCAAAAUUCCUCUCCUUGCAAACCUCCCCCUGCUCAGCGUGAACUCUCCUCCUCUCUCCCCGGCCCCAGGCUUGAACGAGGAGCUGGUGCAGCUGCUGCUCAUCCGGGACGAACUGCACACAGAGCAGGAUGCGAUGCUGGUGGACAUUGAGGACCUGACCAGACAUGCCGAGAGCCAGCAGAAGCACAUGGCAGAGAAGAUGCCGGCGAAGUAACCCAAGAAUCCAUGGGAGCAGAGAUGGAGCUCGCCUGUCCCGCGCUUCUGUGUCUGUACACGUGCUGAUGUCCUCGGUGGCGCGCAGCAAAUCAGUGUUAGUCCUUGGUCGUGUCCGAAGCUUUAUGUCCGGUGAUUGGCCUCUGCUUCUUAAUUAAUUUAUUUUUCUUUUUUUUUUUUUUUUUACUCGUGCCACUCAAUAUCAGGCAUUUUAAUAAUAUUAUUACAGAAAAUGUACAGUACUUAUAACAUUAUAAAACAUGGCUGAGGAGAGAGGGCAGUUUAACUUUAUUUUUGUUUGCUUAGAGAUUUUACGUUGGACGAUAUUUUACCAUUGACUACUUUUCUAUUCUUCACUGUAGUUUUAAAUAAAGAGACUGUACUUGACGGUGCUAUACAAGUCCAAAAGACAUGCCUGCCUCGUAGUGACGUCGUAACUUUGGGUAAUAUGUACAUUUUAAUCAGUUUUCAACAUUUUGUGAAUGUUGACUACCUGACGUUCAUUUUUAGAUGUGCUAUUAACAUUCAGUUGGGUUCAAAGAGUUACCUGGAAAGUUUUAUGUAUAAAGAUGUAAAAUAAACAUUUAAAAACUUGUUUCAUAUGA